CAACGCAGCAAGUGAUCCGAUGCAACUCUUUUCGGAUAACCACGAGUGCUUUAUUAUUUUGCUUCAGUCAAAGACAGCACGUGAGAGUGUACUAAUGGCCAUCUUGGGUUGUCCGUGUACGUAGCUGCCUUACGUCUAUGCUGGUAGCGCUUGAAAAUCAGUUGAGAAGGAGCGAUAAGCGGAUGGGAGACCAUCGGCAACCGAGUCAUGACGAUCAAACUCAACACACACCGCGCCCGAAAUCUCCAAGACAAGACAAGCAACAUCUACGAGUCCUUUGUCUUCCGCGAGACAACAUCAAUCUUCGAGUGUGUACACCGCAUUGGGCUUAGCGUCACGCAGCUGUCCGCAUCGAUCCCGGUCUGGGCAUUCUCGCCUCUGUCGGAAUAAGUGGUUCAGCUACUUCCACCUCUUCCUUCUAGGCAAGGAGUAAUCCGUCAUCCAAAGCUUCCUCUGCCUGGUCAACAACAACAAUACCAACAACAACAAUCGCAA